ACAAAUCCCUAACCCUAACAAAUCCCUCGCCUACUUUGAUCUCCCCACCGACUUUGGCGAUCCCUCUGCCGCCUCUAUGAUAGUCAGAAGCGGCGGCACCUUCGAUCAUGGAGAAAUUUUCCUCUGAUUGAUCUUACACCAGCUAUCUUAUCAAUGGCCCAACGCUCGCCACCCUCGCUUUCUCAUGCUGUUUGUGCUAUGAUGGUGCUUGGAGAUGGAAUUGGAGCGGGCAUGCAGUGGUUGGGGGAAGGCAACGAGCAAAGGUAC